AUGUCCGACUCGGACUCCGAUUCGGUCCUCUUCGCGAACCGGCCUUUGAUCCUCGGCCGGGUCUCGGCGUACGCCUUUCGGGAAGCGUACCGGAUCGUCUUCUCGAAUUUCCGGUUCUUCCUCUUCUCCCUGUACCUCAAUACCCUAGCCUCCCGGUCCAUCCCCACCACCUGCGACCCGGUUGAGCCGUUGCUCCGCCCGAACGGGUACGAGUUUUCCGAGAACGAGCCGCCGUCGGGCACGAUCCCGACCUCAAUCGACGACGAGGAGACCUGGAAUUCGAUUAAUUUUUGGAGUUGGAGCUGUGUAGCUGCAAUUGUUGAUGUUGGAUCCCGAGAAAUCGAUCAUAAACCGAUUCUCCGACGAGCGGUCGUGAACCGGGAUGUCGACCGGCUUGACGAUUGCCUGAACCGGAACCACGCUGUCUUCGUACGGCUGCGACGGGAUCUGGAAAUUGUCAAAAUCGAGGAACUGAUCCGAGUCCUGAAACAGCAGUUCCAUGGAUUUCAGAUCGCCGUCUCCAGAUGCCUGCAGCUUGUCGAUCCACGAAUAUGGGAUGUGACUGUCGUCGGCAGCCGGCGGCAGGAAGGAGGCGGCGGACCUCGCGAGGGCGGACUCCGCCGCGUCGUGGAAGGGGACCACCGGGACGCGGUCGUGGCGGCCGGCUAG